GUAUCAAAGAUGGCGGUGUUAAGUGUGCUGAGAGCUGCGGCUGCUCUUGUGGCGCGGCGACCUUCUCACAAACUGCAGCGUCUGGCUGGAAAUUCCUUACUCAAGGUUUUUCCUGCAGCUUCUAAAGUUGCAGUUCGUCAUGGUAGUCAUGGAAAACAGAUGUUUGUUGUCAAGUCCAGUCAAUAUUAUGAUACUCGCUUUCUGCGUCUUUUGACAUUCUACACUUUAUUAACUGGAAUACCAGUGGCUGUUUUCGUCACUUUUGUGAAUAUUUUUAUUGGUGAGGCAGAACUUGCAGAGAUUCCUGAAGAUUAUGUGCCAGAACAUUGGGAAUACCACAAGCAUCCCAUAACAAGGUGGAUUGUAAAAUAUCUUUAUGACCCACCUGAGAAGGGUUAUGAGAAAAUGAUGGCCCUUAUUUCUGUUGAAGCAGAGAAAGCAGACCUGAGGCUGAAACAACUUGAGGUUCGUCGUCUGAUGAGGGAGCGAGGUGAUGGUGCUUGGUAUCAAUAUGAAACUCUGGACAAAAACUUGAUCGAUAAUUCUCAUAAAUCAAACCCAGAUUAUUAGGAAGACAAAGAUUGCUGGGAAGUGCUAAUUAUUAACACAAAGAAUGUGAAAACAAGUUCUUUAAUAAAUUAUAUCAUGUCAAUAUUCUUUUGACAGUGUCUUGUUUUAAUUGAAAUAUUACUUUAAUCAAAGUUCUCAUUUUUUAAAAAUUGUACAAUUCAUAGACUAUUAAGUCGUUGACAUUCUCUCCUGCAGUUGUCUACGCAGUGAGUUCCUGGUUUUAGCUAGGUCAUGAGUGAUAUAUUUAAUGAUGAAGUGUUCUCUUGCAAUGAUAGGAUAAAUAAAAAUGCUUUCUAAGAUUUGCUUUUUUUUUUCCUCCUCUUAAUGAUCAUUUUAAGCAUUUCCUGUCUUUAUGGGGCAUAAGUUAGAGUACUGCAAACAUUUCUGGAAUCCACUUUAUAAAAAUAAUUGGCACUGGACAAGAUGCAAAAAAAAAAAUUGCUGAAGUUGUAUCAGAACUACGAACUUAAUCUAAUUGGAAAGAUUUAACAAGUUGGGCUUGUUAGAAAAGAGAAAUCAAGGGAUGACUUGACAGAUGUUGACAUUAUCAAAGGGUUUCAUAGGAUGAAUGUAAUAAAAAUGUUUCCACUAUGGACAAAAUGAGAAUUUGGAAUCAAAUAUUAAAUAAUCACUAAAACAUAUAGUAGGGAUUUGUGAAACAUCUCAGAACAAAUCUACCAGCUCAGAGACCAAACUUACAACCUGAUAAAAUAGGGAAUUCAGAAAAAUGUACUUUAUCCAAGGAGUGACUAAAAUAUGGAAAUUGCUCUCUCAUGGAGGAGUUGAUGCCACUUGUAAAAAUAUAUUUAAGGAGAAGCUAGAUAAUCACAUAAAGAUAGGAAAAUAAGGUUCUAUGCAGUUAGAUGAAGAAGGAUGCGAGGAGGUUUGAAUAUAGCAUGAACUUGUAGGAACAAAUGAAAAAUUUCUAUGCUGUAAGUAUUAAGGCAGUUCUAUAAAGAUCUGGAAUAAAAGCUAGACUUUAAUAAAAAUUAUCAUGAAAUUGUUGGAUAAUUGUAAAAUCUCAAAGGAUUAUACUUGUGUAAUUUUAAUGGGGAAAUUCCUACAUCAUGGUUUAGUAUCUGUGACUCCACUUCCAUGCCUGAUUAUUUCACAUUUAACUCCAUUCGAAGUAGCCCAACAUCUCACUUGGUUGUGACAAAUAACGAUGGCGACUGGAAAUAUGGAUUAAAUGUUGGUUUCAAUGAAGAAUCUUUGAAUUCAACAUUAGCUCUUUCUCUCUUCACAAAUGCUUCCUGACUACCUGCAUUUCUCCAGCAUUUUCUACUUUCAUUUUGGAUUUCCAGCAUCAGCAGUAUUUAGCUUUAAUUAAAUGCUAGUCUUGAUACUUACCCUUGAAUCCAGAGAAUGAGUUUUCUUCUAAAUUGAGAAGGGACAGUAAGAUGUGGAAGAAAAUUUAGUAAAUAGCUUAUGAAAAAUUGUGUGCUCAGUGCUGGUGUGCUGAAUUCUUGAGUUCUUGUGGUAAUUAUAUUGCAACUGGGGUCAAUCUGUACUUAACAACAGAUUUUGGAGAAGAAAUUUACUGGGGUCUGCAAUCAUGAUUGUCAUUCGUCUGUCCCUGUGGACGUGAUCAAACUGGGCAAUGUCAAAUUUUGCUAACUUGUUUAAUGUCUCCUAUCUUCUACUGUAUAUUUCUCUUUUUCAUUUUGUUUUUCUUACACACCCUCAUUUCAUUUCCUUAAAACCUAAUAUACUUUUAACAUUUCCCAUUUCUGAUAAAAGGUCAUAAUCUGAAAAGUUAGCUCUGUGUGUCUGCACACACAUGCUGCCAGAUCUAUUGAGUACUUCCAGCAUUUUCUGUUGUUAUUUGA